AUGGCUGCAUCCAACAUACGACUCGGUUUACCGUCUUGCGGUAGCAGCCACGUGCACAGGUCUCGCUGCUCGACGCCACCGCCCCUGUCCUUCCUUACGCUUGACGAAACGAAGAGCACCUUCUCACGACCACGAAAGGCGUGAUCAGCUUCACCCAGCAACGGUCCGUCGCGGCUGUCCCGAGAUCUAUAUUUUUCCCGGCUGGACCCAGAACCCAC